UUUACCUCUCAGAUCUGUAGCCUCGGGUUUCUGGAGCUUUCUUAAAGGUCAUGGCAGGCGGCCUUUAAAUAGCCUCUUUCAAAAACAGGCAACAGACUAAGCAAAUAUAUUCAGGGCAAUCAUCUGCAACACUGUGCCCAGUCUUAAGACUAACCUAGGCAAUCAGAGUCUAAGCUGGAUUCUCAUCUCCUCCUUGCUUUACUUCACACAUGGGGCCGAAGAUCACGUUUCGCAGACAAAAGAAAUAUCGCAGCGAUGUAAUUGCGAUGGCUCAGGCAUCAGGACUUAUCCUCCAGUUCUGGAAUGCACUUCUGGUCGGAGAUGACCUCACUGUUGUUAGCAUCAUUGAUGACCCAGAAUAUGCUUUUCUCUUAGAUGCCAUAUAUUACACCAGCAACAUAGAGGAGUGGAAGAACUUCAGGUUCAACUACAGAGCGCUAAGACUGUGGUCACUGACAUAUGAACAAGAGCUGACCACACCACUGCACAUCACUGCUGGCCGGGGUUUCACCGAAUGUUUGCAGCAUCUCCUCCUGAGGGGCGCUCGAGUGGACCUGACACCUGGGGGAACCACUGCCCUGCAUGAGGCCUGUGAGGAGUGCCAGCCCGACUGCGUCAAGCUGUUGCUGCAGUACAGAGCCAAUCCCAACGCAACCAAUGAAGACGGGCAGAUGCCACUGCAUGUGUGCACUGAACUCCAUUCAUUUGAGUGUGCCAAAAAUCUACUGGCAUUCGGUGCUUUGAUCAAUGGUCAAAGCUUGGAUGAUAACAACACACCCCUUCAUGUGGCGGCCCGCCAUGGCCUUCCUGAUCACGUGGAGCUCUACUUACAACACGGAGCUGCGCUUAACCUACAAAAUGACGAUGGAAACACACCGCUGAACACCGCCUGCUCCCAGCCACAGGACUGCACUUCUCUGGAGCGCUACAGUCGUGUUUGUCACAUGCUGGUGGCUGCUGGGGCAGACAUUCAUAUCAGUGACGCGGACAAGCAGACUCCACUACACAUGGCAUGUAAAAAUGCCAACCCUGACGUAGUGGAUCUACUGCUUCAGUAUAAAGCCUUGGUCAACGAAAUGGAUUAUGGAGGCGAUGCACCAAUGCAUAACAUCUUGAAGGUAGUAGCCUACAAGACGGACCAUGAGCCCGAGAGGAUCGUACAGGCACUUCUCAAUUAUGGAUCCAUCAGGGUGUGGCCUGGAGCUCUGCCCAAGGUGUUGAAAUAUUGCUGCACAUCUCCAAGAACAAUAGAAGUGCUAUUCAACACAUAUGACCGCCUCAAAAUCACUGAUGCCUGGGUAGAAGCUGUACCUCCUGAGGUGUUUAAGAAACACCAAGAAUUCUACAAAUCCCUGUUUGCACUGAUGCAAACUCCUCGAUCUCUACAGCAUUUGGCCCGCCACAGACUCCGAGUGUUCCUGGAAGGUCGCUUGCAUGAGGUGGUGCCUAAACUGGGUCUACCAACCUUUCUUAAAAAUUACCUAAUGCUGGCAUUCAGGGACUAUAUUCACUAAGAGAGACCACAAAUCUGACACUGUUCAACACACAUAUUAAGCAUGCAGUGACUGAG